AUGCCCGGACAAAGAGUACAGACCAGCACACCGCUGGAUGAGAGUCUCUGCAGACGAUGCCAAGAAACAGUGCCCUCCAUCAACGUGCGCACUGAGCCUCUCUGCAAGGCGUGCUUCGCCAAGUACGUCCAGAGCAAAGUUGUCAAGCGCAUGGAGAGCUUCCGAGUCCGCCAUUCCGAGCCCGGCAAGGAACGAAAGCUGUUACUUCCCUUUUCUCCCGACGCCAGCUCAGUUGCAUUGCUGCACAUUCUCAGCCAGCAGCUGAGAUUACAAUCGGAAAGAACAGGACGCACAGGUUUCAAGCUUUGCGUUAUGCAUGUGCUGCACGAGCACGACACAGAAGCCCGGGCCAGGAGAGCUUUUGCAGCCAUCAAAGCUCGAUAUCCGGAACAUGCAUAUCAAUCAACGUUCCUAUCUCAAGUGCUUGCAGCAGACGAUGUAUCAAGCCUCUUCCCAGACCUGCCACCGAAUGAAUCACUCCAGAGCGCAGACACACACCACUUGCAGGCAAUACUCAGAUCGACGAGGUCGGCCACAGCCCGGCAAGAUCUGGAAGAGAUUCUACGGCGUCGACUAAUCGUUCAAUGUGCCAAAGAACAGGACUGCGAAGCUGUAGUCUGGGAGUACAGUACCACCAAAUUGGCUGAGCGAACGCUUGCGGAAACAGCCAAAGGCCGCGGCUUCUCUAUUCCGUGGGCCGUCUCCGACGGCGAAUCGCGACUGGGCAUACCAUUCUACUAUCCCAUGCGCGAGCUGUUGAGGAAAGAGAUCGAGGCGUACGUGUCUUUCCUUGACCCACCCUUCGAUCAUACGCUGCUGCAGGCUACUGUCAAGCCCGCAGUAAGUACGAGGAACACCACAAUCGACGACCUGAUGGGCCAAUACUUUGACUCCGUGGAACGCGAUUACCCCUCGAUCGUUGCCAACGUCGUUAGAACGGCCGGCAAGCUCAGAUCGAGCACGUUGAGUGAAGUGGAACAGCAAUGUGAACUUUGCAAUAUGCCCCUCGAAGGUCGAGCGCCCGAAAGAAGCAGGCUUUGCUAUGGAUGCAUACGAAAUAUGCCCCGACGCGACUGA